AUGUCUUCAAAUGAGGCCAAUGAGAGCUCAAAGGGUGUAGCUCCCACUUCUCAGUCUGCGGACUCAAAAAUCAACCAUGCCGCUUCAAUCAACUACUGGAACAGUGUUCCCAGCACCUCGGCCGAAAUGCUAGGCAUGCUUGGAACUUAUCCCUGGUAUACACGUAUCGAGCUACAAGGAUCCAAGAACUUCUUAACCAAGGUUCGACGAUUGAUACCCUCUCUUCCCACCAGUGGAAAGUUUAGCCAAGGUGUGGACUGCGGUGCUGGUGUUGGACGCGUAACAGAAGGCUUCCUAAGCCACGUCUGUGAAGUUGUGGAUGCCGUCGAGCCCGUGGAGAAAUUCACAAAGGUCAUGGCGGACAGCAAGCUCAAGCAAGACGGCGUUGUGGGUGAUAUUUACACCGUCGGUCUGGAGGACUGGUAUCCGCAGAAGAAAUACGAUUUGAUCUGGGUUCAGUGGUGCGUUGGACAUUGCACUGACUCUCAAUUGACGGAGUUCCUCGAGAGAUGUCGAGACUCUUUGACGCCGAACGGUAUCAUGGUUGUGAAGGAGAAUUUGUCCACCGAUUCACAGAAUCAGGAUAUGUACGACGACUUGGAUAGCAGUGUGACGAGGACAGAUGAAAAGUUCAAGCAGUUGUUUGCUGCUGCUGGGAUGAAAGUUAUCAAGUCCGAAAUUCAGACCGGAUUCCCCAAGCAGUUUAAGCUUCUUCCCGUCAAGUCUUAUGCCCUUCGACCAAAGGUUUGA